AUGUUGUCGCGCCCAAUCGGCUGCCUCGACUCUCCGUCCGUCCACUGUUCCGACGCAGCGCUCCGUUGGCGAGUCGGCUGUACCAACUCCUCCGCCCUCGGCGGCCUCGGAGACGUAGGCCUCCCCGGCGGUCUGGGACUGGCUGGCCUCGGCGACAUGUGUCCCGGAGGCGGCCCAGUUAACGUCGGCCCUAACGUCGGCGUCGGCGGCAGCAGCAGCGGCAGCGCUGCCGGCGGAAGCGGCAGCGGUCUGGGCCCGACGGUGGCCGGCGGCCACCUCGGCGCACCGGUCCGCGGCCUGUCGGCCGGUCUGGCCGACCUGGCCAUGGGCAACAGCGCUCUGCUCGGAGCCCACUUGUCCGGGCCGCCCGGCAGCCCGGCCGUCGGCGAAGACGCCACCGGCUAUCCGGCUCGGUCGCGCAUCGCCCAUUUGGCGCAUCGGCCCACCGCCAACUCGUCCGCCCUCUGCACCGGACUCAUGCUUGUCGGGCCUCUGACCGGCGGCCUCGACGAUCUCGAGCCGACGACGCCAACGCCCACGCCGACGCCGACGGCGACGGCGACGCCGACGCCGACGGCCACAGGGUCGGGUACAGCCGCGACGAACACAGUCAAUCACAACAGCGCUGCCAACUUUUCGGCCAAUUGGCCUCAGCUGACGACACAACACUGCCUCUACAACUGCCAGACCUGCUGCGCUCGGCCGUCUCGACCAGGCCUCUUGUCCGCAGCCGGACGAGAACAGUCGCCACACAACUACCUCGCCUGUUCCCCCCGACCGGCCCACUUGAACUCGCUCCCUCCGGCCGGAUGUGGCCUCGCCCACAGCCAACCCGCCUAUCCAUACCAACAGCAAGCCAAUCACAAUCAAAACCACAACCAC